CGACCGUCACCGGGACGCCUUUUCUGCAACUGAACUCUCAAGUGCCUCCAGCCUUUGGCUUCUGGGGAGGCGACUACCAAGGUGCAACGCAUGAAGCUGGUGACUCCGAUGCAUCCAGCAGCUUCAGCCAACUGCCAGAUGGCGCGUACCUUUGCCUCAUGUCGGUCCCCAUUGGCAGCUACAACUUGGAGGUCUCUGUGGGCAACCACUCAGGGUCCGCCUCCUCUUGUUUGGAAUUGGAGUCUGGUGCCCGCAUCUACGAUGGCAGCACGGCUUCGAUCCAAAAGGCUGCAGCGGUGGUGCAUAAGGAGGCCUUAGACAGUUGCCUGACCUUGCGCUCCUGCGUAGCGGAUGCGGUGGUCAACACCUGGAAGGUGGAAGAAAUCCAGUGCCACAGCAGCUGUGCUUUUUGCACUGCUACGGGCGAGGCUGAUUGUGCCAUCAGCUGCAAUGAUGGGCGCAGUUUGACCUCCGGUCAGAAUGGUAGCUUCUGUCUGGCCCGCGUCCCCUAUGCACCAAGUAGUCUGAGCGCCAGCCAGGUGACCAACAGCAGUCUCCGGCUCUCUUGGGUCUCUGGCUUCUCUGGAGGCGAAGAAAUCACGGAUCAUCGCGUUCUUCUGGAAGGCGUGGAGUUUGGAAGGACUGGUAGCACUGAUGCCUUCGUGGAUUUGAGCGGACUUGAAGGCGACACGGUCUACUCCUUCCAGGUGCAAGCAAUGAGUGCAGCAGGUUUUGGAGACCUGAGUGAGUCCUUGACGGUUCGCACUUCACCAGUCUUGCCAUGGGCUCCACUGGAGCUGGUGGUGAUGGCGGUGGGACAGUAUUGGGCCAACAUGUCGUGGUCCACGCCCAGCUACGACGGGGGUGCUAGCAUCGUCGGAUACCUGGUAUCUGCAGGAGAUCUCAGCUGGAGCACUGCUAUCACGGAGGUAGCUGCCGAUGGGUUGCAGGGUUACACCUGGUACACCUUUCAAGUGCAGGCUUUGACCUCUGCCGGCCUCGGUGCCGUGAACGCCACGACACUUCGAACCCUUGAGGUCCCUCCGGGCCCCGUGCAGCAGCUGCAAGUCGCAUCUGUGGAACAGUACACCAUUUCUCUGCAGUGGUCUGCACCUCUCUUGGAUGGCGGAAGCAACAUCUCAGGCUAUCGGAUGCCGGGUGCCGAGCUGACGCCAGAUAUCUGUAAGGUCACCACUGAUGAGUCGGAAGCAUGCGAAGCCCGGCCAGGAAACUUCACUGCAGGUGUGCUGCCCGACGAGUGCUUCGUGGUGGCUUCAAAUGCUUUGGGCCUUGGCGAGUCAGCCUCCAUUCAGGAGCGCACGUUGGCGGUGCCUCCCUAUCAACCUGGGCAGCCGGUGCUUCUGCAGGAAGACCUGCAUUUCGUGGAGAUCAGCUGGACAGCGGCAGAGGGUGACCCGGGCGCAAAUCUCACAGGCUACAAGAUUUAUGGUCGAACUGAUGGAACUUGGUAUGUCGUGAUCAACGACACCCAGUGCACCAACACCACUUGGCAAAUCUCUAACCUGGAGAUGUACACGGCCUAUGAUUUCGCCGUCGCGGGGCUGAAUGACGUGGGGGAAGGUGAGCGGAGCAACAGCACCGCAGCCUUCACCGCAGCGGUGGGCUUGCCACAUCCGCCCUCUGAACCUCUCCUGAAUGCCAGCCACUCCUCCAUCGAGGCGGUCCAAGAAACCAAGCAAUUGUGGGCCAAGACUUUGAAACGGCAGACUGUGGUCACUGUGGUACCGCCUUUGGAUUCAUCCCCCAUUGGUUACCGAAGAUCGGUACCACGUUCCUUCGCAGAUGGAGCUUUUGAUGUCGUGCUGAAUGUCUCGGACUCAACGCAGCUCGGCUCAGCGCCAAUGUUUGGUGUAGUGCAAGGGCUCCUGGGAAAUCUUACCUACAAGGUCCGAGUCCGUGCAGUGACCAGUUCAGGUGCUUGGUCUUAUCCCAGCACCAGCGUGGAGGUGAGGACCAGCUUUCCAGUGGAACCCAGCCAAGUGCCGCAGCUGGAUGUGUCGGCACUGGCGCCUCACACGGCAUUGGCCAAUUGGACCCCGGUUGUGGAUCUGGGUGGAAGCCCUCUGCAGGGCUACGAGGUGGUGGUGAAAGAGGGAGAGACUGUGACCACGGUGAUCCAGACGACAGAGGCCUCUGUGGAGAUUACCCAGCUCAUGGGGCUGCAAAACUACCAAUUCUUCGUCUACGCAGAAAAUGGCAUCGGCAGGUCACCCAGCACCUCGGCGAACCUGACGAUGCCCGAAGCUGAAGUGCCUGGUGUGCCGCAAGGCCUGCAAGUGAGCAACGCCAGCUUCGAGUGGGCAGCGCCGCAGCACGAUGGUGGCGCAGCUUUAUGGGGCUUCGAGGUCUGGGCUCAAGUGGAUGAGGACAACUGGACGAUGCAGGAGAUGACCAACGAGACCAGGAUCAACCUGACAGACCUCAUUGGUGAUACAUCCUACAGGUACCAAGUGCGCGCAGUGAAUCGGAUUGGAGCAGGCUCCUUCGCGGUGUCCGAUGUGCUUCACACCGGCCCUUCUGUGCCUAUGGCUCCCAGGGAGUUGACGCCUGUGGAAGUGGGACAAUAUCAGCUGCGACUGACGUGGUUGGCUCCUUUGAAGGAUGGCGGCGCUCCGAUCUUCGCCUACCGGAUCUGGCAGCGCACUGGGACAGGUUCCCUUGUGCUUGCGGUGAACAGCAGCGAGAGUAACGCCACAGAGGUCAUCGUGGAGUCACUGACGAGGACUACGGCUUACAGCUUCGUGGUGGCAGGUGUGAACACUUUGGGAGUUGGUUCCCUCAGCGAAAAGAGCAUGCAGGUCUGGACCCUACCGGUGGCGCCUGCCGCAGUGGAGCAGCUGCAGCUGGAGCCAUCGCCUUCCAGGCUGAACUUCACCUGGGAGGCACCGGACGAUGGAGGCCUGCCCAUUGACUUCUACACCAUCGAGAUGCACCUGGAAGACCUUGAAGACCUGGAAUCUGGGUUCUUCCUGGUGGGCAACCUGAGUUCCUCCGGCUGCCGCUGCUUCCAACUGACGGAUUUGAUGGCCAACCGAAGCUAUCGGCUGCAGAUCUUCGCUUGGAAUGCGGUCGGCAGGUCACCAGAGGCCCCAAAGACGCUGCAGACCUCCGAGCCAGACGUGCCCAGCGCGGUGCAGCAGCUCGUGGUCGUCAUGGGCAACUACUCCGCAGACUUGGCGUGGCAGCCACCGGCGGAGACGGGCGGCCUUAGUGGUCUCUACUAUGAGGUGACGGCCAUAGCAGAUCACCAGCUGGUUCAAACCACCACGGAGACCUUUGUCACCAUAGAGACAUUGUUUGGCAGCCGUGCCUACAACGUCUCGGUUGUCGCCUGCAACACUUUGGGUUGCGGUGCUGCAUCCACCAUCUCCAACCUACAGACAGCGGCCGCCGAGGAUCAAGCCCUUUUAGCCGGACAAGCGGCCUCAGUAGCUGCUAUUGCAGCAGGCCUCACAGCAGAACAGGCUGCACAAGCAGCAGGUGCAGCAGCAGCCAGCACUGCACAAAAUGUAGGUUUGUCGCCUGAGUUGCAAACCAGCUUGGCAGCAACCGCAGCCGCACAAGCUGCGAACGUGAACCAACUGAGUGCACAGAAGCAAGCAGAACUGGCAGGAGAAGCAGCUGCAUCAGCAGGAGCACUAGCAAACAUGAGCAUGACCGAACUUGCAUCGGCAGCAGGUUCGGCUGUUUUGUUUGUGGGAAGCCAAGCUGGACUCACACCUGAGGAACUUGCAGUGUUGGCCGCCCAAUCUGCUACAGCAGUGCUCCAGCACCACUACAAUGCUUCUUUGUCGCAGCAAGCGCAGGUAGCAAGCGCGGCAGUUGCUGUUGCAUUGACAAAUGCAAGCCUGACACCUGCAGAAGAAGCGCUGUUGACGGGUGCCUCUGUUUUAACAGCCUUGAGGAGUGGUUCUGGGUGUGAUGCAGAGCUGGUAGCACACGCAGGUGAAGCUGCUCAAUCUGUUGCAAGUAGGACAAGCAUGAACGUGAGUGACCAAGCAGCCACAUCAGGACAAGCCGCAGCACAAGCAGCGGCAAACUGCAGCAUGUCACCAGCCAUGCAGGCACAACUAGCUGGAGCUGCUGCAGCCGCAGCAGGUGCAACUGCAAACCUUUCUAGCGAAGAACAAACAGCCUUGGCCGGGCACGCGGCUUCAGUAGCUGCUAUUGCAGCAGGCCUCACAGCAGAACAGGCUGCACAAGCAGCAGGUGCAGCAGCAGCCAGCACUGCACAAAAUGUAGGUUUGUCGCCUGAGUUGCAAACCAGCUUGGCAGCAACAGCAGCCGCACAAGCUGCGAACGUGAACCAACUGAGUGCACAGAAGCAAGCAGAACUGGCAGGAGAAGCAGCUGCAUCAGCAGGAGCACUAGCAAACAUGAGCAUGAGGGAACUUGCAUCGGCAGCAGGUUCGGCUGUUUUGUUUGUGGGAAGCCAAGCUGGACUCACACCUGAGGAACUUGCAGUGUUGGCCGCCCAAUCUGCUACAGCAGUGCUCCAGCACCACUACAAUGCUUCUUUGUCGCAGCAAGCGCAGGUAGCAAGCGCGGCAGUUGCUGUUGCAUUGACAAAUGCAAGCCUGACACCUGCAGAAGAAGCGCUGUUGACGGGUGCCUCUGUUUUAACAGCCUUGAGGAGUGGUUCUGGGUGUGAUGCAGAGCUGGUAGCACACGCAGGUGAAGCUGCUCAAUCUGUUGCAAGUAGGACAAGCAUGAACGUGAGUGACCAAGCAGCCACAUCAGGACAAGCCGCAGCACAAGCAGCUGCAAACUGCAGCAUGUCACCAGCCAUGCAGGCACAACUAGCUGGAGCUGCUGCAGCCGCAGCAGGUGCAACUGUAAACCUUUCUAGCGAAGAACAAACAGCCUUGGCCGGACAAGCGGCCUCAGUAGCUGCUAUUGCAGCAGGCCUCACAGCAGAACAGGCUGCACAAGCAGCAGGUGCAGCAGCAGCCAGCACUGCACAAAAUGUAGGUUUGUCGCCUGAGUUGCAAACCAGCUUGGCAGCAACCGCAGCCGCACAAGCUGCGAACGUGAACCAACUGAGUGCACAGAAGCAAGCAGAACUGGCAGGAGAAGCAGCUGCAUCAGCAGGAGCACUAGCAAACAUGAACGUGACGCAAAUUGCGACGGUGGCUGCCAGUGCAGCUGAAAGUGUUGCCCUGGAGGCAGGCCUUUCUCCAUCGCAGGCGUCGCAACUUUCAAGUGAUGCCUUAGAGUUGGCUGAGGAGCGUGCGGAUUGCCAAUUGACCACCAGGGAUGAGCUGCGCUGCCUUCACAGGUGCAUGGCCCAGAGGCUGCUGAUGACAUUGGAUACCUCCGAUCUCUUGAGCUGCAGUGGCAGCUUUGACGAGACCCGAGUGGCGGACGAACUGGUUUUCCAGAUGGAUUUCGGGAGCCGCCCAGCCAACUUCGCCCAGCGCCUUCUACUGGCUUUGGGCGAUCUCGCGCGCGGUGGAAACGUCGGGCUGGCAGGGCUGCGCAGCGGCUCCGUGCGCGUGGCGCUGGCGGUGUCAGGCACCGGGUCUGCAGAGGACUUCGCAGACCUGGAGGUGCUGCUUUCAGAUGUCGACCAGUUGAAGACAUUGGAUUCGGAUCUUUUCGCCACUGUCCAGGACACCACAACCACCUCAAGCACCGCCACCUCGACCCAAACGACUUCAUCGGCUCUUGAAGACUCCACUUCGAGGCCCACAACGUCCACGUUGGCCGCCUCUUCUUCGACCUUGACGGUCAGCAGCGGCAACGUGACCAGCACCGGCCCUGCGACCUCGACCGUCGCCACAUCCGAGAUGACCACGUGGACGACGACGACGAGUGCAGAUGAGGGCAACGAGAGCGACGGGAGCGACGGGAGCAAUGAGAGCGAUGCGUCCCUAGCUGAUCCCCAGUUCCGCUUGGUGGAUCUGCCCGAUGAUCCUAGAGGGCUGGGAGUUGAGAUUCACGUGGUGCUGGCAGUGGGUGCUACUUUGCUGGUGACCUUCGCUGCUGUGAUGUGGUGCUGCAUGCGGAAGGCUCUGCGCUCCGUGGAGUCAGUGGAUGACUUCGGAGGAAUCCUGCCCACACCCAAGCCGACGGAGGCUUGGGCCGCACCCGAGACCCAGGUGCCAGCAACGGAUGUGGAUGCACGGAGGUCAUUUAGGAAGGAGGCAGAUAACGAUGCUGCCUGGCCCGAAAACACGAGCACCAGCAAGGCUCGUUCCGAGGGCUGUGAAGCUGCUCCCAGCACACCACGGCGAGAACGAGUUGGCAUGGGCACUAAUAGCCUCAUCGCUUUGGAGGAAGCUGAGACCGCCUUAGCCACACCGGGCGAUGGACCAGGCUGGGAAGGUGCUCCUGAAACGCCACGGCGAGAACGAGUUGGAAUGGGCACCAAUACCCUCGUAGCAUUGGAGGCCGGGGUGCGUUUGGUGGGAGUUGGUGUGGCCUGGGAUGAUCAGAUCACUAGAGCCAAGGUGGUUCCAGGGGCCGAGGUGUGA